GCGGGGAGGGAUGUCCGUCGCCGGGCAAGGCUCCUGGGGAGCCGGGAGAGGCCGCCUGCGCGGGUCCCGCCGAGGGCAGACAUGGCUUUCCUGCCCCUCUGCUGCUGCUGCCUCUGGGCGCUCCUCGCCUCGGCCCUGCAAGGUGGAGGGGUGCCCAGCCUGGGGGAGAAGGGCGGCGGGAGGCCGGCCCAGUCUGCGGGGUGUGGGCAAGCCGCCGGAGGCCCCUCCGUCUGGAGUCCCGGCGGCGGCUCGGCAGAGUUCCCCGUGGGCCCUCCGGAGGCGGCGGCGGCGGCGGCGGCUCCCUUCUUCGGCGCGGGCGAGCCCCACGCGGGUCUGCUGGUGGCGGCCGCCGCCUCCUUCCGCGGCCCCGGCAACAACGACACGCGCGGCAACCGGGAGCUGCCCAUCCUGCUGUGGUGGAGCGGGAGCCUCUUCCCCCACUUCCCCGGCGCGACGGAGCGCGUCGACUGCCCGCGGGGCUCCUGCCUGGCCACGCGGGACCGGCGCGUGGGGCGCCACAGGCGGACCCGGGCCCUCCUCUUCUACGGGACGGACUUCCGCGCCUACGAGGCGCCCCUGCCGCGGCUGCCCCACCAGGCCUGGGCCCUCUUCCACGAGGAGUCGCCCAUGAACAACUACCUCCUCUCGCACCGGCCCGGCAUCGGCCUCUUCAACUACACGGCCACCUUCCGCCGGGAGUCCGACUACCCGCUGAGCCUCCAGUGGCUGCCGGGCCUGGCCUACUUGCGCGCCCGGCCGCCCUGGGGCUGGGCCGAGAAGGAGCGCGGGCGGAGGCAGCAGGGCCUGGCGCCCGUCCUCUACGUCCAGUCCCACUGCGACGUCCCCUCGGACCGCGACAGAUACGUGCGGGAGCUCAUGGAGCACAUACAGGUGGAUUCUUACGGGACAUGCCUGAACAACCGAGAGCUUCCCAGUAUGAGGCUGAGAGACACUUCAACGGCCACCACAGAGGACUCUGAAUUCAUGGCUCUUAUCUCUAAGUACAAGUUUCACCUGGCAAUGGAGAAUGCCAUCUGCCAUGAUUAUAUGACAGAGAAGCUUUGGCGGGCGAUGCACGUUGGAGCUGUCCCUAUAUAUCGAGGCUCCCCAUCAGUUCGAGAUUGGAUGCCUGAUGAUCAUUCCAUCAUUCUUAUUGAUGACUUUGGAAGCCCCAAAGAAUUAGCCGAAUAUAUUGAUUUCCUGGACAGGAAUUCAGAGGAGUACUUGAAAUACCUAGAGUACAAGAGUCCAGGUGGCAUCUCAAACCAGUUCUUGGUGGAGAGCAUGGAGAGGCGUGAAUGGGGGGUGAAUGACAUGACGCUGCCAAAUUAUCUGAAUGGAUUUGAGUGUUUUGUCUGUGACAGGGAAACUGCCAGAAUUAAGGCGGAGAGAGACCAUAAGAAGAGUCGUGGGAAAUUGCCGGCUCCUGAGCCUCAGAUAGCCCAGUUCACGCACAUGGGGUGUCCCCCACCAGCUCCUGGAUAUGGAAACGUUGAGGACAUUCCUGCCGGAGACAGCUGGAAGGAGAUGUGGGUGCAGGAUUACUGGCAGAGCCUUGAUCAGGCUGAAGCCCUCACAGCUAUGAUUCACCAGAACGAAUCUCAUCAGGGGAGAUUUUGGGAUUACAUGCACCAAAUCUUCAUGAAGAGAACCCAGCAAAACUAACUGGACUGUUACUCAAGACUCUUUCAGUGUUACAAGUGGCAGCAGACACACAGAUUUGCCAGUACUAAAGUGGCCAUUCCAGGACAGCUUGAAAACCAUUUUUUAUAUCUGACAUUCUGUGGAGAUUACAUUUUUUCCAUGGCCCCAAGGAAAGGGCAACUUCAGAUUAGACUUCGGAAUUGCUUCACUUGCUGCCAUUUCAAAAGGAACAAAUCUUGUCUAUGGGGCAAAGGAAGAUAGUUCGCAUAUCUGCUGUUUCAGUAUUGACUCGGAAAGUAUUUUCGUGUGUAUGUGUGUGCUAAAUUACUUUGAACACAGACUAUUGGGCGUACUAUAAAAGUCCCAAAUGGUUGCACUUCAGGGAUUACUGUCAUUCAGAAAUAUUCAACAUAGAUUUGUAGAGUCUUAUUUUUUAUAUAUAUAUAUUUAUUGCAUUUAAUACGAAACAUGGUAAUAUGAGUUCAUGUAACACUCAGAUUUGCAGUACACAAAUAACUGCAUAUAUAUGGACUGGACUAUAAUUAUGUCUUAUGAACAGUGCUCCUUUAUUGUAUCACAUCUUUCCAUGGUUUGAGGGGACUUGUAAAAACUUCACAGGUUCCUUACUAUUCUAGUAGUGAUGGUUUUAUCAGGCUGAUAAUGAUAGGAAACUUGCUACAGGAAAUGAAUUGGAGUUUGGAGCAGUGACAGUUUGUGAUUAAAGUAUUCCACCACCACCACCACCCCAAAAAAUUAUUUCUGUUCACAAAGCUGCCUUUUUUGUUUGCAUACUUCACGAUGUGGCCUUGUUAAUUCUGUAAAUAUCUUCAAGUCCAGUUU